AUGAGUUGCCGCUCUGGUUACCAUAUAAUUAGUGGGGGCAAAUGCGUCAAGGAUUGCACAAUUGGAGUUGAUAACUGCGAUGCAUGCAGUAAUAUCUAUACUUGUGAAAAAUGCGCUGAUGGGUAUCGUAUCGCAUCAAGCGUAUGUGAAAAGUGCACAGAUACAAACUGCAUUGAGUGUUCAGAGAACAAAGAUAUUUGCACUAAAUGCAAGGGCCAACAUUAUUUGCAUACUAUUGGAGAAUCCAUAACUUGUGCCUGUAAUUAAUAUUUAGAUUGCAGCGUUGAUUAUAAUAGCUAUAACCCAAAUACUGAUACUUAUUUAUGUGGAAAUCAAACUAAAAAUACAUGUGAUACGUCGAAAGUUGGCUAUAGUUUGGAUUUCGAUAACGGCGACAUAAUUAUCAGUUUUGCAUCAAAUUUAGGUAAAAUUUUGGAAAAGAAAAAUUUCAGCAUUAAACUCUCUGAUGGGACUAACUAUUCUACAGAAAAUUGCAGCUUGGCAAUGGAAAGCAUGAUAAAAUACACAAUUCAUACUGAUUUAAGAGAAUGUGAUUUGCCUAUUUUUAUCGAUCUGAAAUUCAGCCUAAUUUAG